AAGAAGAAGAAGAAGAAGAGGAAGAGGAAGAAGAGGAAGAGGGAGCUCAAAGUUGCUGAUCAUGGAGCUCUGAGGAAGACUUUAUAACGUAGUUAUCCGCCCGCAGGGAGGAUGUCGGACCACACGCUGCGGUACUUCAGCCUCCGUCACGGACGGAGGAGGGACGCUGCCGACGUCACGUGGUCGCACGCGGUCAACAGCAGGAGCAGGCUGGCGGAGGCGCUGACAGGCCCCACUCACAUGAUGGAGGCGGACGUAAUAAUCCGAGGUGCGGACCCCAAAGAGCCGAUCAUGGCCCACCCCCCUGACACGGACAGCGACAUCACGCUGAAAGAGUGGCUGGAAGCACUGGGGGGUUCUGACAAGGGAGUAAAACUGGAUUUCAAGAGCCUGGAGGCGGUGUCUCCGUCCGUCGUUCUGCUGGAGGACGUGUAUCGGUCCAACCGUCCUGUGUGGGUCAACGCAGACGUCCUCCCUGGCCCCGGGGGGCUGGCCUCACCUCUGGACCCCCUGGCUUUCCUUUCGUCUGUGAGCACGCUGCCUCCACACACCGUGCUGUCACUGGGCUGGACCACGGGGUGGACGGCGGGGACAGACAACGCAGGGUACAGCUGGGAUAUGGUGCGUACGAUGGAGGAGAUCUGUAGAGCCCUCGAGCACCCCGUCACCUUCCCGGUGCGUGCAGCGCUGCUGGCCGCGUCCUUCUCCCAGCUCUCAUGGCUGCUCCAGCAGUCGGACAGGUACACGCUAACGGUGUGGACCGGCAAGGAUGACAAGUUCCCUGCCCAGGACCUACUGGCCUACAAAGCAAACUUUGACAGCAGUAGGAUCUACUACGACCUGUAGAAGCACCUCAGCGAGUUCAAGGGCUGGAGUCGGUUUGCAUCUUGGCUUCUCUGCACACGACGUAGAGAAUCCUCCACGGGAAGGAGCUGAUAAGGACAACUCAUGAUGCCCUGUUGGAAUAGUUGCAUUUCGUCUUUCUUUGUAGUCCAGGUUAGUUGGCUGCACCAAAUGUAACCUUUGCAACACUUACCUGAGCUCAGUAAAGUGUUGAUUAAUGACAAAUUAUUUAAAGGUUUUCACAGUAGGACUUUUUCCCGGGAGAAGAAGCCCAUUUUCGUAUUAUUUUAGGGUAGGCGCUGGGUGUCUUGCUCAGGGACACUUUGAAAUGGGACAUGGAGCAGCCGGGGUUCGAACCGCCAACCCUGCGGCGCUCCCUCUCCACUCUUCAGCUGCAUACAGAGAACGUUUGGUUAAUAAAGACUCAUUGAGAAUGUG